UUUAUGGCUUUUACUAUUAUUUGGAUGUAUUUUAUUUGCCUCUACAAUGGUUGAACUUUUAGCAAUGCAAUCAACAAUUUUGGGGGAACAACAACAAAUAAAUAAAAAGGGGGGAGAAAAUUUGUUAACAGAAGAAUUAGCUUUGGAUGUAUUUGGGGAAGAAGAAGAAGGGGAAUCAGCAGCUAAUGGAUUAUCUACACAAAUUUCUGAACGAGAACAAAGAGAAAUUGGAGGGGAACCUGGAGGUGGACAAACACUUAAAAAAGUAAUUAUUUUUGUGACUAGAAAGCCUUUGAAUUUUUUCUUAUCUCCCGUAUUUUUCGCUCAAUUCCUCUGGGGAAUUAAUAUUUCAACCCAUACAUGGGAUGGGGGAUUAUUCGAGUUUUGGCAUUUGAACGUGCAGUAG